UAGCGAACAAGGCUAACCUCAUUUCUUCUACAUUCUCUUCCGUUUGUUUCCCUCACGCUUGUUCUUGGCCAAUCAUAAGUCAAUUCAGUGACUCAAUUUGAAUUUGGUUCCAUCUGCUUUUCAUUUCUCAGAUUAGAAUGUCACACAUUGCUUUAACUGCAUCAGCCACACUUUCCGCCGUUGCUUUUCACCGUAGAGCGAAGCGAUGGAGCACGCUAUUUCCGAGUUUUCGGAGAUGCAGGGGAACCGGUUCGUCUUUGUAUGCAAACUCUUCCAGGAAACGCUUGCAACUGCGGUUUUUUGCGUCGGGGAGAAGUAGCGGCAAUGGAGGUGUUGCGGAGGAGAUAUCUGAAGCCGAAAAAGAGACUACGAAUUUCGUUUGGCCUGAUAGCAAGAAGCCUAGGGUGUGCAUAUUAGGCGGUGGAUUUGGUGGUUUGUACACUGCUUUAAGGUUGGAAUCACUGGAGUGGCCUGAGGAUAAAAAACCACAGAUUGUUCUUGUCGACCAGUCUGAGCGUUUUGUUUUCAAGCCAAUGUUGUACGAGCUUCUAUCUGGAGAAGUGGACGAAUGGGAAAUAGCUCCUCGUUUCUCAGAUUUGCUGGCAAACACUAGUGUGCUGUUCUUCAAAGAUAGAGUAAAAUUUUUGCUUCCCUCUGAUCAUUGGGGAAUGAAUGGAUCCAAAACAUCUAGUUGCGGAGGAACAGUUCAUCUUGAAAGUGGCCUUCUUAUUGAAUAUGACUGGCUGGUUCUUGCAUUGGGAGCUGAAGCUAAACUAGAUGUUGUACCAGGAGCAGCAGAAUUUGCAAUUCCUUUCUCAACACUAGAGGAUGCACGUAAAGUCAACUACAAAUUAACAGCAUUAGAGAGAAAGACCUUUGGUAAGGACUUCCAAAUUAGUGUAGCUGUUGUUGGUUGUGGUUAUUCUGGAGUUGAAUUAGCUGCAACACUAGCAGAGAGAUUACAUAAUAGAGGAAUUGUGAGAGCAAUUAAUGUUGAAACAAUGAUUUGCCCAAAUGCCCCACCUGGCAAUAGGGAAGCUGCACUAAAAGUUCUUUCAUCCAGAAAGGUCGAACUUUUAUUGGGUUAUUUUGUCCGCGGUAUUCAGAGGCUCAGUGAAUUGGAGUCUUCAGAAGUAGUACCUGAUACUGAGAAAUAUAUACUGGAGCUGCAACCUGCCGAAAGGGGAAUGCAAAAUAAAAUCAUCGAAGCAGAUCUGGUAUUGUGGACUGUUGGAACCAAACCUCCUCUUCCUCAGCUGGAACCUUCUGAUGUACCAUUUGUAAUUCCUCUUAAUGCCCGAGGACAAGCUGAAACAGAUGAAACACUUCGUGUUAAGGGUCACCCUCGAAUAUUUGCCCUUGGUGACUCUUCUGCAUUAAGGGAUUCAAAUGGAAGGAUCCUUCCAGCCACUGCACAGGUUGCAUUUCAGCAAGCAGACUUUACUGGUUGGAAUCUAUGGGCUGCAAUCAAUGGGCGUCCACUUUUGCCAUUCAGGUUUCAGAAUCUGGGUGAGAUGAUGACCCUGGGAAGAAAUGAUGCCACCGUUUCUCCGAGUUUUGUUGAGGGUCUAACCUUAGAAGGUUCUAUUGGUCAUGCUGCGAGGAAGAUAGCUUACUUGAUAAGGUUACCAACGGAUGAACAUAGGCUUAAAGUGGGGAUCAGCUGGCUUACAAAAUCUGCAAUUGAUUCUGUGUCAUCGCUACAGAGUACCGUGUACAAGGUCCUUUCGGGCUCAUAGCCCAUUCAGAUUGCUGUAUAUAGCGUGGCUAAGUAUUUUUAUUUAGAUGAUACAGAAUAUAUCAGCCAUGGCUUUGUUCCUUGUAUCACAGAGGACUGUAUGUAGGAUGGAUAUCAGAGAUACAUGAUCGAGUAAAGCGGUUAUUGAUUAAAAAAAAAUAUAUGGAAAGGUUUUUUGGGGGUCCAGAAUUAAAAGGAUUUGUGUUAUUCAAUUUUACUCCCCCCAUCUAGCAAUUUUUGAGAGGGAUUUUGAUAACACUGUUACAUUGGGCUUUUGUAGAAAUAAAAAUUUGACAGAGGGACCCAUCAUCUCUCAACUUUGUAUGGAAGUUAAGGACCUAAAAAAGAACUUCGCAAGAAAGUU